AAUUUCACUUCAGUGUCACAGCUCUCUCUCUAUCAGUCAGUCAGUCAGUCAGAGGAGUUCGGCUCCAGCGCUGCAUGUCUGGAUGUUACUUCUUUACUUUUAAAGCAACAUGGAGCCUUUAACGUCUCUGCUUUCCUCUCUGAAGGCCGUCGAUCCCGAAACUCAGGACCAGGAGUACAAUACGGUGCGUUUACAGGCCUUGAAGUUAAAGAAGGAGCUGAAUCUGACGACUGAAGCCGGAGAGCUGAAGGAAAACAUCAAGAAGAACAGAUACAAAGACAUCCUGCCAUAUGACGAGUCUCGGGUGGUGCUCUCUCUGCUGACUGCAGACUCAGACUCUGACUACAUCAACGCCAGCUUCAUCAAGGGGGCGACAUCAGACCGCAGGUACAUCGCCUGUCAGGGACCUCUGAGCAACACAGUGGUUGACUUCUGGAGGAUGAUCUGGCAGCACGACGUUAAGGUGAUAGUCAUGGCCUGCAGAUUGAUAGAGAUGGGAAAGAAAAAGUGUCAGUGUUACUGGGCUGAAGAACGACAGUCUGCUGCUUUUGGACCGUUCACUGUCAGCAACCAGAUGGAAACGUUGUGUAAUGACGACGUGAUCGUCAGAAAUCUGACUGUCACCUACCAGCAAAGCAGCCGCUCGCUGGUUCACUAUCAGUUCCUCUCGUGGCCCGAUCACGAUGUUCCCUACGACGCUGCGGGAGUUCUGGACCUGCUGGUCAGAACCAGGAACAGCCAGGGAGCACACACAUCACCCAUGGUGGUACACUGCAGUGCAGGCUGUGGGAGGACAGGAGUCAUCUGCUCUCUCGACUACAUCCGUGACCUGCUGGUUACCAAGAAAAUCGGAGCAGAUUUCAGCAUCAUGCAGAUCGUCCAGGACCUGAGGAUCCAGAGACCCUCCGCAGUGCAAACUAAAGAACAGUAUCGGUUCAUUUUCACAGCUGCCACCUGUAUGUUAGAGCGAGUCCUGCAGGCGGCCGGCCGUCACCACUACUGUACUGUGCCUGAGGUAAAACAAACACACAUAUAAACACACACACACACCCAGACAGAGAGAGAGACAGAGAGAGAGAGAGAGAAUUCACUUCAUUUAUAUUCACUGUCAAGUGUUGCAAUAAACAAGCGUGCUAGGAGCGAGAGGAGGUGGAGAGAAAAGGCCACAGCUGCAGAAAGAGGAAGUUAUCCGACUUCCUGUAUGCAAACCGGUCUGCUGCUGCUGCUAAGUGUUUGAGAGUUUCAGUGUUUGAGAGUUGAUCAUCCAGAACAGGCAGAGAGAGAGGAAAUCUACCGACAACUAGAGUAAAAAAACUAAUGGAAGACGCUCUUUAAAGGAGGUAAGUCGACCUUUAACCUUUACUGUGAGGACCAGAGAGGUAGUUAUUAUAAUAAACAGGUUUAAAUACAUCAUGUUACGUAAUACUAAAAUCGAUGUCUAACUGUUUCUCUCAGAUUCAUCAAGUGGCCGUUUGCAGUAUUUUUACAUUGUAGAGUUGCUCCUUUAAGUAUCUGAGUACUUCUUCUUCCACCUCGGCUAGAUUCAGUUACUUUCAUGCAGCUGUUUUCUUGCUUAUCUCACAAAUUCACGAGAAACUGACGAUAGAUACCGAUAUUUAAAAUGACAUUUCGGC